UAUGAAGAGAUUUUUCAUUAUUCGUAGUAUAACACCAACCAAAUGACUACGCUUGUUUUUAUAUUAUUGAUGGUGCGCGCGGUGUGGUCUCAACAGUGGGACCCGAAAGCAAAUGGGGACGAAGACACGUAUAUGCAAUUCACUGCACACUGGAAGAAAGAGAUAGUUAUGUGGGCGAGGGAAUGUAUAGCCGAAAUCAGAGGCAGUGUAUAUCAGACCGAGCAAAUCCAAUGGGUAGCCGCAGAUGACCUACGACACUCUAUAGGCAUGACUAUGGGUCGUAUUCUCGAGUUGCAUCGACAUCAGGUGGACAUGUACCGGCGGAUGAAGCGUGUAGUAGAGGGACAGUUCACCUGGCUGCGUCCAGAGCAGGCGGGCGCCAUCCCCCAACUAGGCCCCCAGAGCGGGGUCGUGGAGCCGGGGGUCAAUACGCCCUUCAAGCCCAAACUGUAUGACCAAAAAUGGGCGUCGGGCCAAAAGAAAACUUACCAAGAUUAUAAGCCGCACAUUUAUAUGUUUGCUUUGGAAUAUAUUACGAAGAAGGAGACCGAAAUUGAACAUCUUGUAAAGUUACUAACGACUUACACGGCAGAGAAUGAGGUGGCGCGAUUCAAGCCGCACAUGUUGCCGGUCGGCCAGGCCCAUUGGGCCGUGUGGACGGGGUACACGACAGAAAGGGUGGCGCCACGAGAAGGCCAGUAUUCUGUCCAGGGCGUAGACACGGACCAGAAGACGCCAGACAGAAUGAAGAAGACAGAAAACACGACGAAGAAGAAGCGUAUAAGGCAAAAAUGCGGGAGGAGUAUUAUAAAAAGAAUCGAAAUAAUAAUAAAUAAAUCUGACGGUCUAGUACUAGACUAA